CGCCGGAGGUCGGCGGGGGUGUGUCCGAGGGGCCCGCAGGAGCGCAAACUCGCGCUCCGCCGAGUCCCGGCGCGCGGUCGCCGCUUUUUCCUCGGAGCCACCCGAACGGCAGAGACGAGAUGCGUGGCGGCGGUGCGGGGCUGGCGCUCCUGGCCUCGCUGCUCUGGGUCGCCGUGCAGGGUCAACAGAGAGGGCUGUUCCCUGCCAUUCUCAACCUUGCCAGCAAUGCCCACAUCAGCACCAACGCGACCUGCGGGGAGAAGGGGCCGGAGACAUACUGCAAGCUGGUGGAGCACGUGCCCAGGAGGGCCAUGCGCAACGCCCAGUGCCGGCUCUGCGACGGCAGCAGUGCCAACCCCAAAGAACGCCAUCCCAUAUCAAAUGCCAUCGAUGGCACGAAUAACUGGUGGCAGAGUCCUAGCAUCCAAAACGGGAGAGAGUACCACUGGGUCACAAUCACUCUGGACUUGAGACAGGUCUUUCAAGUCGCUUAUGUCAUCAUCAAAGCUGCUAAUGCCCCUCGGCCUGGAAACUGGAUUUUGGAGCAUUCUCUGGAUGGCAUGGAGUUCAGCCCCUGGCAGUACUAUGCAGUUAGUGACACGGAAUGUUUGACUCAUUACAAUAUCACUCCAAGACGGGGGCCGCCCACUUACAGGGCAGAUGACGAAGUGAUCUGCACCUCCUAUUACUCCAGGCUGGUGCCACUUGAGCACGGAGAGAUUCAUACAUCGCUAAUCAAUGGCAGACCAAGCUCUGAUGAUCUUUCACCCAAGUUGUUGGAAUUUACUUCUGCACGAUACAUCCGCCUGCGCUUACAGCGCAUUCGAACCCUCAAUGCCGAUCUUAUGACCCUCAGCCACCGGGACCCUAAAGACCUCGACCCUAUUGUCACAAGACGAUAUUACUAUUCAAUAAAAGACAUUUCUGUUGGAGGAAUGUGUAUUUGUUAUGGCCAUGCUAGUAGCUGCCCAUGGGAUGAAACUAUAAAGAAAUUCCAGUGUCAGUGUGAACAUAACACGUGUGGUGACAGCUGCAAUCGGUGUUGUCCUGGGUACCGUCAGCAGCCCUGGAGGCCCGGCACUGUUUCUUCUGGUAACACGUGUGAAGAAUGCAAUUGCCACAAUAAAGCCAAAGACUGUUACUAUGAUGAAAAUGUGGCGAAUCAGAAGAGAAGUCUGAAUACUGCCGGACAAUUCAGAGGAGGAGGGGUUUGCAUUGAUUGCCUGCAGAAAACCAUGGGCAUCAACUGUGAAACCUGCGUGGAUGGAUAUUACAGACCACACAGGGUGUCACCUUAUGAUGACAACCCUUGUCAUCCCUGUGACUGUGACCCUCUGGGGUCCCUCAGUUCUGUCUGUAUUAAGAAUGACCUUCAUUCUGACUUACACAGAGGGAAGUGGCCGGGUCAGUGUCCAUGCAAGGAAGGUUACGCGGGAGAAAAAUGUGAUCGCUGCCAGUUUGGUUAUAAGGGUUACCCUGCGUGUGUGCCCUGUGACUGUAACCCAGCCGGCAGCGUGAAUGAGGAACCCUGCUCCGAGGCUUGUCUCUGUAAGGAGAAUGUUGAGGGGAAACAUUGUGAUCGAUGCAAACCAGGAUUCUAUAACUUGGAGGAAAGGAACCCCCAGGGCUGCUCAGAAUGCUUCUGCUUUGGUGUCUCUGACGUUUGCGACAGCCUCUCCUGGCCAAUCAGUCAGGUGAAAGAUAUGUCCGGUUGGCUGGUCACCGACUUGGUCAGUUCCAGCCAGCUCCGGUCCCAGCAGGACACGCUGGGCGGGCGUCACCAGAUCAGCAUCAACAGCUCGGCGGUGGUGCAGAGGCUGACCUCCCAGUAUUACUGGUCGGCCCCGGAGGCCUACCUGGGAAACAAGCUGACGGCCUUUGGUGGAUUCCUGAAGUACACGGUGUCUUACGAGGUCCCAGUGGAGACGGCGGACGGUGACCCCAUGUCUCACGCCGACGUCAUCAUUAAGGGGAAUGGGCUCACUUUAAGGACCCAGGCAGAGGGCCUGUUAUUGCAGCCCUAUGAAGAGCACUUGAACGUGGUUAGACUCGUGCCUGAGCACUUCAGAGAUUUUCAUAGCAGGAGGGAGGUAGAUCGCGACCAGCUGAUGACCGUGCUUGCCAACGUGACACAUCUCUUGAUCAGAGCCAACUACAAUUCUGCAAAGAUGGCUCUUUACAGGUUGGAUUCUGUCUCUCUGGACACAGCCAGCCCUAACGUUAUAGACCUGUCCCUGGCCACGGAGGUGGAGCAUUGCGAGUGUCCCCAAGGCUAUGCGGGCAUCUCUUGUGAGUCCUGUCUCCCUGGCUAUUACCGCGUGGAUGGAAUACUCUUUGGAGGAAUCUGUCAGCCCUGUGAAUGCCACGGCCAUGCAGCAGAGUGUGACGUUCAUGGCGUUUGCUUUGCAUGCCAGCACAACACCACCGGGGACCGCUGCGAGCGCUGCCUGCCCGGCUUCUACGGGCUGCCUUCCCGAGGGACCCCUGGGGACUGCCAGCCGUGUGCCUGCCCGCUCUCCACGGCCUCCAACAAUUUCAGCCCCACCUGCCACCUCAACGAUGGAGAUGAAGUGUUCUGUGACCAGUGCGCCCCGGGAUACGCGGGGGAUUGGUGCGAGAGAUGUGCAGACGGUUACUUUGGAAACCCAACAGUGCCCGGAGAUUCCUGUGUCCCUUGUAACUGCAGUGGCAAUGUGGACCCCUUGGAGGCCAGGAGCUGUGAUUCCGUCACCGGAGAAUGCCUGAGAUGCCUUGGGAACACCGAUGGCCCCCGCUGUGAGAGGUGUGCCUACGGGUUCUAUGGGGACGCCGUGACUGCGAAAAACUGCCGCGCCUGUGAAUGCCAUGGCCAAGGCUCCCUUUCUGCUGCCUGCCAUCCUGAGACUGGACUCUGUGACUGCAAACCACACGUGACCGGACAGCAGUGUAACCAGUGCCUGCACGGCUACUACGGGUUGGACACGGGGCUCGGGUGCCUGCCCUGUAACUGCAGUGCAUCGGGCUCCCUGUCGGACGACUGCACGGAGGAAGGCCAGUGUCGCUGUGUCCCAGGUGUAGCUGGGGAGAGGUGUGACAGGUGUGCCCACGGCUUCCAUGCCUACCAGGACGGUGGCUGUACACCCUGUGACUGCGCUCACACUCAGAACACCUGUGACCCGGAGUCAGGGGAGUGUGUCUGCCCGCCUCACACUCGGGGUGCGGCGUGCGAGGGGUGUGCAGACGGACACUGGGGCCACGACCCGGAGCUCGGAUGCCAGGCCUGCAACUGCAGUAGCGCGGGGUCAGCCAGUCAUCACUGCGAUGUGCUCACUGGCCAUUGCCAAUGUAAGCCUGCAUUUGGUGGACAGACCUGCCAUCAGUGCUCCCUGGGGUACAGAGACUUUCCGGACUGUGUGGCCUGUGACUGCGACCUGAGAGGGACACUGGCCGACACCUGUGGCCAGGAGCAGGGUCUCUGCAGCUGUGCCCCGGAGACCGGAACCUGCUCUUGCAAGGAAAAUGUCAUUGGCCCUCAAUGCAGUGAGUGUCAAGCUGGCACCUUUGCUCUGGACGAGGCGGACCCUCGGGGGUGCACCCCAUGCUUCUGCUUUGGGCUGUCACAGCUCUGCUCCGAGGCCGAGGGCUACGUGAGAAUGCCGGUAAUGCUGGGCUCAGAUCAGCCUCUUCUGCGUGUGGUUUCUCAGAGUAACCUCAAGGGUACGACCGAGGGGGUGUAUUACCAGGCCCCUGAUGUCCUCCUGGAUGCCGUGACCGUCAGGCGGCAUGUCCACACAGAGCCGUUUUACUGGCGGCUGCCCGGGCAAUUUCAGGGAGACCAGCUCAUGGCCUACGGCAGCAAACUACGGUACAGCGUGGCCUUCUACUCUUCCAGUGGGAUCGGCACCUCCAACCUGGAGCCUCAGGUGCUCAUCAAAGGAGGCCGGACCAGAAAGCAAGUCAUCUAUGUGGACGCGCCCGCCCCCAAGAAUGGACUGAGACAAGAGCAGGAAGUGGGGAUGAAAGAGAAUUUUUGGAAGUACUUUAACUCUGUUUCUGAAGAACCUGUCACACGUUCAGAUUUUAUGUCUGUUCUUAGCAACAUUGAGUACAUCCUCAUCAAAGCAUCUUAUGGCCAAGGAUUACAGCAAAGCAGAAUCUCAAAUAUUUCUAUGGAGGUUGGCAGAAAGGCUGAAGAGUCGCACUCCAGGAGGGAGGUGGCAUCCCUUUUAGAGAAGUGUCUCUGUCCUCCUGGCACAGCUGGAUUCUCAUGUCAGGACUGCGCACCUGGUUACCACAGAGGGAAGCUUCCAGAAGGUGAUGGCAGGAGACCACGCCCUCUGCUGGCUCCCUGUGUGCCUUGCAAUUGCAACAAACACAGUAACACCUGUGACCCUGAAACGGGGAAGUGUCUGAACUGCAGCCACAACACCGCCGGAGACCACUGCGAUGUGUGUGCCCCCGGCUACUACGGGAAGGUGACCGGCUCGGCCAGCGACUGCUCUCUCUGCACCUGUCCUCACGGCCUCCCUGCCAGUUUUAGUCCCACUUGUGUCUUGGAAGGUGAUCACGAUUUCCGCUGUGAUGCCUGUUUUCCGGGCUACGAAGGACAAUAUUGUGAAAGGUGCUCCUCGGGCUACCAUGGGAACCCUCAGAUGCCGGGCGGCACCUGCCAGAGGUGUGGCUGCAGCCCGCAUGGCUCUGUCCACAGUGACUGUGACCGCGGGUCCGGGCAGUGCGUCUGCAGGCCGGGGGCCACGGGGCUCCGCUGUGAGGACUGUGAACCAAGGCACAUUCUGGUGGAGAGCGACUGUGUGUCCUGUGACGAUGAAUGUGGAGGCGUGCUGCUGAAUGACAUGGACCAUGUGGGUGAUGCCAUCGUCUCUGUGAACCUCUCCGGCAUCAUCCCUGUCCCGUAUGGGAUUUUGUCAAACCUGGAAAAUACAACGAAAUAUCUCCGGGACUCUUUAUUAAAAGAAAAUAUACAGAAAGAACUGGCAAAAAUUCAGCUUGAAGGUGUCUCAGAACAAACAGAGGACCUGCAAAGGAAGCUGGACAGAGUGUUAACACGGAGCCAGCACGUGACCAGGGCCACCAAAAGGAUCCUCGACAAGAGUCGUGACCUCCUGACGUUUACGGAGAAGCUGCAGGCAGACAUCCAAGAAAUCAUCGAAAGGGCAGCAACUGUAAAUCAGACCUUGGAUGAAGAUGUCCAGUUACCCAGUUCUACUCUUCAGAAUAUGCAAAAGAACAUCACUUCAUUGCUGGAAAUCAUUCAGAAAAGGAAUUUCCUGCAGUUGCACCAAAAUGCCACUCUUGGACUCAAGGCUGCUGAAGAUUUAUUGUCACAAAUUCAGAAAAAUUACCAGAAACCACAGGAAGAGUUGGAGGUAUUAAAAGAAGCAGCAAGCAGCCUCCUUUCAAGACACAACAGUAAAGUGCAGGCCACAGAAGAGCUCCUGAGAGAAGCAGAGAGGAAGACCCAGGAAAGCAGUCGCCUGCUGUUCAUUGUCAGGGCCAACCUGCGAGAGUUCAACGAUAAAAAGCUGCGUGUUCAAGAAGAACAAAACUUGACGUCAGUGCUAAUCGCUGAAGGAAGAGGACUGCUUGAUGCUGCCACUGCACCUGCAAAUGCUUCAGGAAAGGCUCUAGCACAGUUAGAGCAUCACCGGGAUGAGCUGCUUCUAUGGACUGCCAAAAUCAGGCACCACGUAGAUGACCUGGUCAUGCAGAUGUCCAAAAGAAGAGCAUUGGACCUCGUCUACAGAGUGGAGGAUCAUGCCACUGAGCUCCAGAGACUGGCAGGUGCUCUGGACAGUGGCCUUGGAAAUGUUAGUCAUGUGUCCCUAAAUGCGACCAGUGCAACCCAUGUCCAUUCCAACAUCCGGAGCCUGAUUGAAGAAUCAGAGAAGUUGGUGAAAGAUACUCUCAGGACUGAAAGAAAGGCAAGCGUGGCCUCAGAAUCUCUUGUUUCUAAUGGGAAAGCGGCUCUCCAGCGCAGCGCUGAAUUUCUAAAAGAAGGCAAUAGCCUGAGCAGAAAGCAUGGAGGUAUCGCGUUGGAACUGAGUGAAUUGAAAAAUACUGCAAAGAGAUUUCAAGAGAAUGCUGAUAAAAUUACUAAGCAGACCAAUGAAUCACUCUUGAUACUUGGAGCAAUUCCUGAAGGUGUCAGAGACAAAGGCACAAAAAUCAAAGAGCUGGCCACAUCUGCAAAUCAGAGCGCUAUGAGCACUCUAAAGAACGUCGUGGGAUUGGGCCAGAAGCUGUUGAAUACGUCCACUGACCUGUCCAGGGUUAAUGCCACGUUACGAGAAACAGAAGAACUCCUCCGUGACUCCUCAGUGACCACUUUGUUGGCUGGAAGAAAAGUCAAAGAUGUGGAAACACAAGCGAACCUUUUAUUUGAUCGGCUGAAGCCUUUGAAGAUGUUAGAAGAGAACCUGAGCAGAAACCUAUCAGAAAUCAAACUGCUGAUCAGCCAGGCCCGGAAGCAAGCAGCGUCUAUCAAAGUUGCCGUGUCUGCAGACAGAGACUGUAUCCGGGCCUACCAGCCUCAGAUUUCUUCUACCAACUAUAACAGCUUAACACUAAAUGUGAAGACAAGCGAACCUGACAACCUUCUCUUCUACCUGGGGAGUAGCAUCAGUGCUGACUUCCUGGCAGUGGAGAUGCGGCGAGGGAAAGUGGCCUUCCUCUGGGAUUUGGGCUCCGGGUCCACACGUUUGGAAUUUCCAGACUUCCCGGUUGAUGACAGCAAAUGGCACAGUAUCUAUGUAACCAGGUUUGGAAACAUUGGUUCGGUGAGUGUAAAGGAAAUGAGCGCAUCUCAAAAGCCACCACCAAGAACAAGUAAAUCCCCUGGAACAGCUAAUGUUCUGGAUGUAAACAAUUCAACACUAAUGUUUGUUGGAGGGCUUGGAGGACAGAUCAAGAAGUCUCCUGCUGUGAAGGUUACUUAUUUUAAAGGCUGCAUGGGAGAGGCCUUCUUGAAUGGACAGUCGAUUGGCCUAUGGAACUAUAUUGAAAGGGAGGGAAAAUGCCAUGGCUGCUUUGGAAGCCCCCAAAAUGAAGAUGCUUCCUUCCAUUUUGAUGGGAGUGGGUACUCUGUCGUGGAGAAGAUGCUCCGGGCUACUGUGACGCAGAUAAUUAUGCUUUUUAGUACCUUUUCCCCUAAUGGGCUGCUUCUCUACCUGGCUUCAAAUGGCACCAAAGACUUUUUAUCCAUCGACUUGGUCGACGGCAGAGUUAGAGUUACAGUUGACCUGGGUUCUGGGCCUCUUGCUCUUACUACCGACAGACGCUAUAAUAAUGGAACCUGGUACAAAAUUGCUUUCCAGCGAAACAGAAAGCAAGGACUCCUAGCAGUUAUUGAUGCAUAUAACACCAGCUACAAAGAAACCAAGCAAGGGGAAACUCCAGGAGCAUCUUCUGACCUCAAUCGUCUAGAUAAGGAUCCAAUUUAUGUGGGUGGAUUACCUAGGUCAAGAGUUGUAAGGAGAGGUGUCACCAGCAAAAGCUACGUGGGCUGUAUCAAAAACCUGGAAAUAUCUAGAUCGACCUUUGAUUUACUCAGAAAUUCCUACGGAGUGAGAAAAGGCUGUAUACUGGAGCCUGUCCGAAGCGUUAGCUUCUUGAGAGGCGGCUACGUUGAAUUGCCACCCAAGUCCUUGUCACCAGAUUCGGAAUUGUUGGCAACAUUUGCCACCAGGAACAGCAGCGGCAUCAUCCUGGCUGCCCUGGGCCAGCAUGGGGAGAAGCAAGGUCACCGGCAGGCCCACAAGCCCUUCUUUUCCAUCAUGCUAAUUGAAGGCCACAUUGAAGUGCAUGUUAAUCCUGGGGAUGGAACCAGCCUGAGAAGAGCUCUCCUGCAUGCUCCCACGGGCACAUAUGGCGACGGUCAAGAGCAUUCCAUCUCCUUGAUAAGGACCGGGAGAAUUAUCACUGUCCAACUGGAUGAGACAGCUCCUGUGGAAAUGAAGCUGGGCCCAUCAGCAGAAAGCAGGACAAUAAGUGUGUCCAACCUGUACAUAGGUGGUGUUCCAGAGGGCGAGGGGACACCCAUGCUGAAGAUGAGAAGCUCAUUCCAUGGCUGUAUCCAAAACCUGAUCUUUAACAUGGAACUUUUGGAUUUCACUAGUGCCACUGGCUAUGAACACGUGGACUUGGACUCCUGCUUGCUCUCAAAACAGCCAAAGCUGGCUCUCCACGGAGAGGACGGCGAACUCCCGCCAGAGCCCCAGCCUUUACCAAGUCCAGAAUUGUGUGUCAUGGACAGAGCCCCGGAGUACGUCCCCAACGCCCACCAGUUCGGCCUCGCAGGAGGCAGCCACUUGGUGCUGCCCUUUAAUCAGCUGGCUGUCAGAAAGAGGCUCUUGGUCCAGCUAAGCAUCCGAACGUUCGCCUCCAGUGGCCUGGUUUACUACAUGGCUCAUCAGAACCAGGUUGACUACGCCACGCUCCAGCUGCAUGGGGGCCGCCUCCACUUCAUGUUCGAUCUUGGGAAGGGCAGGACAAAAGUCUCACACCCUGCGCUGCUCAGUGAUGGCCAGUGGCACACGGUCAAGACAGAGUACUUUAAAAGGAAGGGCUUCAUGACAGUUGAUGGCCAGGAAUCGCCCAUGGUGACCACGGCGGGAGAUGCUACCACGUUGGAUGUGGAAGGAAAGUUGUACCUAGGAGGCCUUCCCUCCGAGUACAGGGCCAGGAACAUUGGAAAUAUCACCCACAGCAUCCCCGCUUGCAUUGGGGAGGUGACAGUGAACAGCAAACAGCUGGACGAGGACAGCCCAGUGUCUGCGUUUGCAGUAAACAGGUGCUAUGCAGCAGCCCAGGAAGGAACUUUCUUUGAAGGAAGUGGGUAUGCAGCCCUUGUCAAAGAAGGCUACAAAGUACGAUCAGAUGUGAACAUUACGCUGGAGUUUCGUACCUCCUCAGAGAAUGGUGUCCUCCUGGGGAUCAGCAGUGCCAAAGUGGAUGCCAUCGGAUUAGAGAUUGUAAAUGGCAAGCUCUUGUUUCACGUUAACAAUGGUGCUGGUAGGAUAACAGCCACAUACGAACCCAGUGCUCCCAAUACUCUCUGUGAUGGAAAAUGGCACACACUUCAGGCAAACAAAAGCAAACAUCGCGUGGUUCUGAUUGUCGAUGGGAAUGCAGUUCGAGCUGAAAGUCUACACACCCAGUCUACCUCUGCUGACACCAACAAUCCCAUUUAUGUUGGUGGCUAUCCUGCUGAUGUAAAGCAAAACUGCCUGAGCAGCCAGACCUCCUUCCGGGGCUGUUUGCGAAAACUCACUCUAAUUAAGGGCCCACAAGUGCAAUCCUAUGACUUCAGCACAGCUUUUGACCUACAAGGAGUUUUCCCUCAUUCCUGUCCUGGGACUGAGUCCUGAACUUUGGGGAACGCCUCAGUUGGGAAUCAUCAUUUAUAUUUUGAGGAAAAUUAUUUGGUGAAUUAAAACCUUUACAGUUCAGAUUUCAUUUCCAACUCAGGUUAAAUGUUUCCAGAGAGAAAUUUUUUGUUUAUGUCAAACUAAAACCACAUGUACAACAAAUACCUCUAUUAAAUAGUUUAAAAUGUAAA